CCGCAGCUAAUGGCUGCCUCACAGGAGCGUCUCUUUUCCCUCCGCCUCUCGCUCCUCGUUUCCCGUCGCUACCUCUUCCAAGGAGGCUGCCCUGUUUGGAAAGGAAUCCCCAGGGCCCACCCCCAUCCCUUGGGGAGCAGCUGAACAUCGGGAGGUGCAUCCGAGGGCCAAAGAGCGCUUUGAAAUUGAUCCCAAGUUCAAGGACCAGUCUGCCCUCAAACCAUUUUACAGAUGGGGAAAUCCGAGGCCCAGAGAAAAACUCCCGAGCCGAGAGCAGAUGUCCAGGCCAAGGUUUCUCCACAGAGGUGGCAGUGAAAGUGCGCGCUCUUGAUGGGCAAAGUCCUUGCCGGAGCUGGUGCCGAAGCCGGGGCACUAACGGUGCUGGCAGGGGGAUCGAGCCUGCGUGGGAUGCUGGACCCCUCUCUGCCUCAGUUUCCCCCAGCACUACUUGUGGUGGGGGACGGGAGACGACGAAAUUGGCCACAGGCGCGCCUGCAGAGAUACACACUCCGUCUGUUUUUAGACUCCCUGGGCGCCUCCUCAAGUCUGCUGGCGGCUCCUUCCGCGCGCUGCCUCCCAGCCUUUUAAAAUACAGUCCUCCCGUUGGAACCUCUCGGCGUUCUAUUGGAAAGACUCUAGACUCCCGAACCCUUUCCUGGAACGAUCGUCUCAGGCUGCCCGGGAGCGUUCUCGGAGGUGGCAGGAUGGAGAAGCUGCGGCUCCUGGGUCUGCGCUACCAGGAGUACGUGACUCGUCACCCGGCCGCCACGGCCCAGCUGGAGACGGCAGUGCGGGGCCUCAGUUACCUGCUGGCAGGUCGUUUCGCCGAUUCGCACGAGCUGUCAGAGCUGGUGUACUCCGCCUCCAACCUGCUUGUGUUGCUCAAUGAUGGGAUCCUACGGAAGGAGCUUCGGAAAAAGCUGCCCGUGUCGCUGUCCCAGCAGAAGCUGUUGACGUGGCUGAGUGUGCUGGAAUGCGUGGAGGUGUUCAUGGAGAUGGGGGCCGCCAAGGUGUGGGGCGAAGCGGGCCGUUGGCUCGUCGUUGCCCUCAUCCAGCUGGCCAAGGCGGUCCUGCGAAUGUUCCUGCUCGUCUGGUUCAAGGCUGGCCUCCAGACCUCACCCCCCAUCGCCCCCCUGGACAGGGAGGCCCAGGCACAGGCCCCGGACGGUGAGCACAGCCAUGGCAGCCAGGAGCAGUCAUACGUGGGGAAGCGGUCAAACCGAGUGGUACGAACCCUCCAGAACACUCCGUCCCUGCACUCAAGGCACUGGGGAGCCCCCCAGCAGCAGGAAAGAUGGCAGCAGCGGCACGAGGAGGAACUGAGCAUCACCCCCACCCCACUGGGGCUGCAGGAGACCAUUGCAGAGUCCUUGUAUAUUGCCCGGCCCCUGCUGCAUUUGCUUAGCCUGGGCAUAUGGGGUCAGCGCUCAUGGACGCCCUGGCUCCUUUCUGGUGUCGUGGAUGUCACCAGCCUGAGCCUCCUGAGCGACAGGAAGGGCCUGAGCCGGAGGGAGCGUUUGGAGCUGCGGCGUCGGACCAUCCUGCUGCUCUACUACCUGCUGCGCUCCCCGUUCUACGACCGCUUCUCCGAGGCCAGGAUCCUCUUCCUGCUCCAGCUGCUGGCAGACCACGUCCCGGGCAUCGGCCUGGUCGCAAGCCUCAGCGAUCUGUUUCUGAGGAAUUUUCGGCCCCCCUGGAACUCUCGCAGCCACUGUCCGGCCUGGUGGAUGACUAUGGGAUCCGACCGAAGCACCCCUGGCCACGAGGGCCUCGACCCCUCCUCUCCCAGGCCCAGCAGCGCAAGCGGGAUGGCCCCGACAUGGCUGAGUACUACUACGACACACGUCUGUGAUGGGACCCCCUUAUAA